CGCCUCUCUUCGGUGACUUUGAUGCGCAAAGCCCAACCCCAUGCCCGGGCUCGAGCGCAGGCUCUUUUUCCGUUGCAGGGAUUUCCAGCAGCCACCGACUGCCGACGUAAUGACGAUGCCGAGCAAUCAACUUUCUGCUUGUAAUCAGCAAGCAUAGAGUAGGUAAAACCAGAACCCCAGAACCAUCCGACGAAGACUUGAAUCGCUUUUCAUUUCACAACCACAACACAUAUCCAACCCAAGCAUCCUCACCAAUGCAACACUCGACGUUGUUCCGACAGACAUCACAGUAAUUUUCUCUGGGUUUGCAGAGCGCAUCGUCAAAAUGCCUCAAGUCAUCAGGGGAGUACGGUCAAACUCAGAACCAAACAAUAACACCGGCACUCCCGGGAGCCCACGACCGCACGAAAAUAGACGUGUAACUUUCGAAAAUGGACGGGAACGGGAGGAGGAGAGUGAAGCGUAUUACGACAGUCGAGCCGCGACACAAUAUGAAUUCCAGAGACGUGCAAGCACAUUGCAGACAUACUAUUGCGAACACCCAGAACUUCUACCUCAACUACCCUUCACAUUUCGACACGGCUUCAAGCGCUGGAGACUUGGGGGUUAUAUUGCGCUGAUGGUCUUCGAUGCAUGCGUCGUGCCGAUUUUGCUGUACUAUACCAUGACGUUUGGAGGAAACGUCGAGGGCUUCAUCACAUUUGCUGUGAUCACAGCAAUCUGGGGAGGACCUACAUAUGUCGAGUUUGCGGUUCGGUCGUUGCGUUUGAUCAAGCAGCAGAGGUUUUACAAGCCGUUGGGUGUGGACAAGAGAUGGGCAUUUGAUAUCACGAACUGGAUACUGGUGUUAUCGAUUUUUGUGGUCACGGUUAUCCUUAUCGUUGGUGCUGCACCCCACGAUGUCUUCCUCCGAGUUCUGUCAAUGCCGGGUCCUGCUAUCCUUUAUUGUAUAUGUGGCCCGAUCUUUCUCAUGAGUCUGUAUAAUCACUUUGGAUGGAAGGCGCCGUUUCGAAUCAGUUCGACGCACAAGGGGGAACAGGUCUUUCCGGGAAUAUUUUACAUUGUGGAAGACAUCGUUGCGGUCAACUCUGGAGGUGGAAGACCGUUUAGGGAGGGCAUGUUUGCAAGAUACAGAGCUAGUCCUAUUUUCCGCAAGAUGAUGCGAGAUCUGUCUUGGUUUUGGUCAAUUCCUGGCUUGAUAAUGGCUGGGGCUAUCACGGCUGUGGUAGUCAUUAAUCCUGUCCCUGAGCCAGUUUCAUAUGGACUUGGAUGGGGUGUACCUUUUAUUUGGGCGGGAAUCUGGGCUGCCAUCACGGUACCAUGGGUACGAUCAGUAAUGAAGAAGGAGAAAGAGAGUUGGGAGGCAGAGACCAAGAUGAUGACUUCAACAAUGUCGAAGCCACCCUCAGCUCAGGGUUCAAAACCGUCGUCUAUCCACGGCACGGAACCUACAGCCGCCACAGAGACUACAGAAGCGACACAGGUGUAGAUUUUUGCAAGUAUACCCAAGAUGAGCAUUGUUUUAAAAGUAUGACAGUAUGAGAAUGAGCCGAAGAUAUUUGGGGAAGAAUGGCUACCAACAGGACUCCAGUUGAACGUGGAAAGAUUGGGGAGGCAAUUCGGCAGUCAUAGAUCUGGUGGUCAAUUUCCAGCCAGACGAUGCAAUCAUGCAUCUGUAUUUAUAGGAGGCUUUGAGUCUCUAACAAGAGCAAGACAGGAUAGACUUGUGUUCAAAGCAGCAGCUCUAGGACACUCAAGUAAAUAGACGGGUUCCAAGAUGCCAUACUUUCUUAAUGCUAGUGUUCCCAACUCCCUUACUAACCAAACACCAGAUUUCGAUCAACAAUGAUUGCCAAGAUCAACAGUCCGCUUCCAAGAGGCUAAAUUUCGAUGGCUUUCAAAUAUGCCCAGCAGUUGCCCACUUUCUGAACUUGAUAUUCGGUCCUAGUGGACACCUGCUGUACAGUACAGUUGGAUUCACUUCCGAUCCCACUGACCGACCGGUAACUCGGCUCAGCAAGUAGGUGAAAUUUGCUGAUUUUGAUAGGCAACAAAUGAGAACCUUACGAGUUGAUUGCAGGAUAUAUUUCUUAAUUAAAAAUCAUUUGAAACUCUACAAUUCAUAUCAUCACUCACUUGGUAGGUACGUACUAAAGAAUAUAGCUCUCAGAUAAUUAGAAGUAUAAGUUGUGACCUCG